GCGCCCGCUGUUUGAUUGAUCGGCAGUUUAGAACUAUCGGUUGGAGGAUGAUGAUCAUAGCGGCGUGUUAGCUGAAUGCCUGAUGGAACCCGUGACGCAAGUCCUGAGCGGUUGCAAUCUACAACGACCUCCACGAGUCCCAUUUUGCUCCAUGAUGGUGAUCGAUUGCACAUUGCAAAUAUUUGCUCUAGUGUUCACUCCAUUAAUUUAGAGUGUGGAACCUACUUCGGACCUAAAGAAAGUGUGUUGUCGGAUUGCUUGCCCACGAAGUAACCGAUUCCUGUUAGAUGAAAGUUUCGGAAUCGGGGGAGAUUCUGGAUAUAUAUAAUGUUGUGGUCGUAUUGCAAGGCAUUUGAUAUACAAAAGAUUGAUUGAGUGAGCAUGUUGGGGAUUGAAGUUUGCUCGUUAUUGUUUGAACUCGGAACUGCUAGUUGCAUGUUCAACUUUUCAGUAAGUGUAAAGGAGGGUAUUCCGCCAUUGUACGAUGGAUUGCUAUGAGGAGCCAAUGGAGAUGGUGUCCUUCGUUCAGACGAUGAGGAAGAGCCCCAGGCCUAAAAUGAAGGCGUCAAAAAACAGUCGUCCAUCGGUAGCUGACAACAUGUCCAGUAAUGAUGUGCCAUUGCCAUCUGAUACUCAAACAUUGAGUUCCUGUGAGACUGAAGUCAAGCAGCAACCGAAACAAGAAUCUAUAGAGGAGCCUAGAGACGAUCCAACUAUAUGUGUGUUUUGUGAUGACGGUGGAGACAAUAUUCUUAGCUGUGAAGGUAUAUGUCAGCGCCACUUUCAUGCCCAGAAAGUUGACGAUGAGAUGGAAUGUCAAACUCUCGGCUUUUCGUCCGAGAUGAUGAAGAACUUGGACAGUGUCAGCUUCAUAUGUGAAAACUGUAAGCAUCAAAAGCAUCAAUGCUUCAUAUGUGGUGAGCUGGGAUCAUCGAGCGACGAAAAUCGAGAGGUGUACAUGUGUCAUGUUCAGUCAUGCAAGAAAUUCUACCAUCUUCAUUGUAUGUUGAGGAUUCGAGGCAUCGCGCAUGGAACUCACUAUGUCAAACAGAUCAUGACGGGGACCAUGAAGCUUUUCUGUCCGCGUCACAGAUGUGAUACAUGCAAGAUAGAAGACGUAUUCGCGGGCAAGCUAGUCCAGUGCAGGCGCUGUCCAAGAGCAUGGCAUGCAGAUUGCUUGAAAGACUUUAAGAAAUCAGGCGAACUUGAAUCAACUCAAAUAUGGAAGCAUGAUCGAUUUAAAUACAUCUACUGCAGGAACCAUGACAUUCUUCAGGAGCUAAAAACCCCAAAACGAGAUCAUGUGAAGUUUCCUGAUCCCGAGUAAAAUGUUAUUUGCAGCAAAAUUUUGGAAUUAAGAUCAAAGCGGUCACAGCUGAUCCCUCCUUACUAUCUGAGGAAGUUCAAAAUUAAUAGUUCAGGUCCUUGUGAUCUAAGGUUUGGUUUUAGACGUCAUCAGAAACAGUUAUCUCGAUCAAAUAUUCAGUCUUCCUAUUUGUCUUUCGUGCCGCCUCAGAUUAAAUCAAAGAACAUUUAUGAUUACAAUGAUAGUCUAUCGGUUUUGGUAUUACGAUAAAAUUUUUUUCAUAUGAGGUAAAGCUAACAUGUUACAUCUUUACAGGAAAACAUAAAACAACAUCUAUAUUCUUAAACUUAAAAUAAAGCAGGAAAAAAACUUCGGUAUGUUCCAAACAUACCGAAGACUAGUCGCAUCGAACCUGUUUAGGGUGUAGAAAGCUUGUUUCAAAGUGGCUAAUGGAGGUGUUGCGAGUCAUGCAUAUUUGUAGAAGACACGAGUUGCUGCAUAAAGCUGUACAUUGUUUAUGCUUUCACCUUUAUUUUUAUGAACCCUUUAUAAUGUGUU